GUUGCUACUAUGUGAGUGUAUUGAUUUAAAAGAAAACUUCAUAAGUGACAUUGUGAUGUGGUUUAUAAAGUCAGUAUGAAACCAGCCUUAUCGAACACUAUGGAAUCGUUACCGAAACAGUUUGUUUCAGCUAUGCGUACACUUUUUGAUAUUAUGGAUGACAAACACACCGGGUAUGUAAAGCUGAAUGACAUAGAAAAUCGUUGGCGUGAUGAUCGUACAAAAGGUCUCCCACGAGGAGUUAUCGAAAGUCUUCAAAAAGUCGCUUCACAUGACGGGCUACUAACUUUUGAUCGUUUUUGUACUGGCCUUAAAAUUUGUCUCCUACGUAAUCAAGUUGAAAGUACAUCAAAUAAUGCAGAAAGUAUCAAUAGUGCUGUAGAUAAGCCUGGAGUUCAAAUGCAAUUAAUGAAUCAAAUUAAUCGUCCGCCGUCAGCCCCUUUACUAGAUAAUAACGGUCAACAAAACUUAGAAACUUGGAAUGUCAUGAAAACAUCUGAAAGUUCAUCACAACACAGAACUAUCAGUAUGCCUCAGUUAAUAUCAAGAAAAGACCACCAAAUUCCAGACCGACAUCGCUCCACAUCAACAGCAGUUUCGAAUCAAGACCCGCUUAAAACUAAUGCUCCUCCUAAACCACCAAGAUUAGAAAAAAACGCAAUUAGUGAACGCAAAGAAAUAUCGAGAUCGACUUAUAAAACAGACGAUGAACCAUCUUUCGAUACCGACGAAAUGAAUGUUACAAAAAUGGAUUUCGAAGACAUGUCCAGGAUUGUAGAAGAGCAAAGUAGAGAAUUAGGGGAUGGCCGAUCUUCAAAUGAAACACAAUCUCAUUUGAGGCGUACAUCCCGCCGCCGAGAACCUCGCAGACACACAUUGCAUAAUGGAGUUGAUUAUAAUUUGCUUAAGCGAAUGAAACAAAUUGAACAAGAAAAAGACGUACUGUUACAAGGUCUAACAGCCGUCGAAGAAGCACGGGAAUGGUAUCUGAAACAAUUAUCUGAGGUACAAGAAAAGAUGCGUUAUGCAGGACGCAUGGGCGCGUAUGUGGUAAUUUUAGUUUCUUUCUAAAGUAAUAUAUUCUUAUAUGAUAAUUCUUUUAUGAACAGUACCGUUGUGAUUAUCAUAAAGAUGAUGACUAGUGAAAUGGUUGUUGUGUGACUAUCUUAAAUUGUCAAGUGUCUAGAUAGUAGUUUGUGCUUAAGAAUAAUUACUAAAGCGCUAAAGUUAUUUUUUUAAGGUUUGGUCUGUGGGUUGAAAUGUCAGUCAAUUCCCUUUUGAAAUAUUUAUAUACUAACCGUUACCUUCGGGCUCACCUGCAUAGACAAAGGAAAACAACAAAGAUUUUUCCGCGGUAAAAAUAGCUUAUAUCACAUUCCAGCGUCCAUACACUAAUUACUUAGUAAUAACCAAUUAUGGUUGGGUAUUUUAUUUAGUGAGGCAAUGAGUUUACAUAUCAUAAAAAUCAAAAUGAAUAAAUAGUUCAUAUCAGCGAGAUGGAGCGAGAUGCUGUGCCCGCGACUUCGGCCGAGCGGAAUAGUGAUUUUCGGCAGCAUCUUUAAAUUUUAGGGUUCCGUACCCAAAAGGUAAAAAAACAACUAUAUUACUAAGCCUUGGCUGUCUAUUUGUCUGUCAGCGAGCUGAAUGGCAUAAAUAGUGAAAAAUAGACAGUUGCAUUUUUCACAAAUGAUGUACUUCUGUUGCCGUUGCUCUUCAAUAACAAUAGAAUAAAAUAAAUAUUUAGGGGUCUCCCAUACAACAAACGUGAUUUAUUUGUUCAUUUUCGCUACUGAACCUUUCUUGGCUGGCUUUUUAGGCUAAUUAUUUUGCAAAUAAAACACAUGUAUUCAUUAAAAGGUCCUAUGUUCGACGGAGAUGUAUGUUCACCGAUUUUUUCGCCAAUUGUUGACUGAUUUUCAAAAUUCGGCUGCUUGAUGGGCCGAGGUAAUCCCAUUUUAAUUUCAUCGAAAUCUAAUCAGUAAAUUCCUUUUUAAAACAAAACAAAAUACACUAUUCACCAAAUAUCACCUUUAAAUUUAGAUGAUGAUAAAAAACAAAAUUAUGCGUAUUUUGUUUUUUUCCAAAUCCAAAAGGAGGAUUUUCUAUGUUCAACGAGUAUGUAUACUUUUCUUUUUGAUGUAUAUUUUAUUAUGAAGGUCAUAGAUACAGAGUAGGUAGAUAUCAAAUAUUUUUAAGUGUUGAGAUUUUUAACUACUAAUCUUAUGGUGUUAAUGUUUUAAUUUUUGAUAUAUUGCUUUUUAACUAUAUGAAUGACUUAUUCAACAUGUCUAUUAAGCUAAUUAAAUAACAAAUUGUAACGUAUUUCAGUUAUCACUCUCGUUGCCUUUCUUUUUCUUUUUAAAUUUUUAAACAUUAAUACAAGUUAUUGUAGAAACUUUGUUGGCCAUUGUAGAUUUUUUUUGUAACAAACUAUUGGUAAGAUUAUGUGCUGAUGUUUCUCAUAGUGGUAUAUAGAUACAUAUAUCUACAAACGGGAUAUAGAUGUCCCCCGAGCAUUUUGUAGCUUCUCGUAGAUGAAACUUUUAUAAAUCGGUCCAAUAAUUUCGGGCCUGCCCAAUGCAAACAAACAAACACUCAAAUCUUUUGUCUAUAAAAUAUAUAUAUAGAUAUACAUAUUUAUAUUUUGGAACUACUUAAAUCCAAUAUGGAAGAUAUGAUAAGAUUAUUGGAAAAAAAUAUGUCGAGCAAAUAAACAAAAUCUUCUUUUCUAAGACUCACUAUGUUAAAGAUUUCUAUUUAUAUAGAUACUAGCUUUUGCCCGCGACUUCGUCUGCGUGGUAAAGUUACUUAAAGCAGCAUUACUAACGAAUUUAUUCAUAAUAUCGUCUAAAAUACCUGAAAUAAAGUUCCAUCCCCUAUUUUAUCCCCUUAGGGGUGGCUUUUAUCAAAAUCCUUUCUUAGGGGAUGCCUACGUCAUAGUAGCUUUAUGCAUGCAAAGUCUCAUCCCGAUCGGAUUAAAAUUGACAAAGUUUCAUACAAACUUUCAUCCCCUAUUUUAUCCUCUUGAGGGUUGAAUUGAUCAAAAUCCUUUCUUAGCGGAUGCCUACGUCCUAACAUCUACCUGCAUGCUAAAUUUGAGCACGAUCCGUCCAAUGGUUUGGGCUGUGCGUUGAUAGAUCACUAAAAUAAAAUAAAUAAUAAAAAAAAAUAAAUAGAACCGACUUCAAAUUUUAAAAAGCUAUAUAUAAUACUUGUCUCAAAAGCGACUUAUUCAAAAAAUGCUAUUGCAAUCGGGCGCAUAUCGUUUAAUUAUUAAACCUACAGAAGACGUAAGUCGCCACAACAUUCGCUGGUUAAUUUUUUUAAACUUAAAAGGCCAUUAAGACCUUUAUAAAAAAUUUUAUAUCUAGGAACCAUGGAGUGAAGCGCAUCAGGAACGGCUAGAACUACUGCGAGCGCGUGUGUUGGAACUAAAUCGUCAAUUGGGCGCCCUUGCAGCAGGGUGGCGGCACGGGCAGUUGUCACUACAUAUGAACCUUGCAUUGCCAACCACGACCUUUGUUGUCAACCCCGCUCCUAAUUCGGCUGUUCUCAAAUCGCAAAACCGAAUGCUUGCAGAAGUAGGAAGUAAAUCGGAAAAAUGAACGCAUAUCAGUUUUAGAAAGAGAAAAAUCCGCACUUAUACGAGAACUACUUCUUCAAAGAAACAGAUCAAAAUUAAUAGAAAGCUUCUCAUAAUAGUAAGGCAUAACAAAAAAAUAAUAUAAAUUCAAGCAAGGGUAAAAUGAAACGCUUUAUUAAUAAUAAAAUUGCGCCGAAAAUCCAUGGAUAAUUAUGGAAUUGAAUAUGAUGAUCUUCUAUUCCAUGGAUUAUCAUGGAAUGGAAUAUCAUAAUAUUCCAUAAAUAUACACAAUUAGUAAUCUCUGGUUCAUACAGUGCAUAUACAUCAGGUAUAACUACCAGGAUUUAUGUUAGCUCCCAUGCAGCAUCCUUUUUUUUCAUGUCAUAAAUCAUCAUAUUUUUAUUUGUCAAAAUCCAGUAUUUUGCUCCUACUAUAGACUCUUGAUUUAUGUAGUCUAGUGAAUGCUCAAUUUGUUUUUAAUUUUGAAACCCUUGUUCAUAAUUUUAAAUACACCAAUACCUUUCUUGAAGAAAAAUUAUAUUUUCAUACACAAAUUAAAUUCAGACAGAUGAGAUUUUAAAAAUAAGUUUUACACAUUUACGUUGUUGGUGUUUUAUAUUUUAUUGUGUGAAUUUUAUUACUGAGUUUUUAUUUGUAUAAAUUUAGAUAAAAUAUAAAUAUGAUUUAAAUUUGAAUAGCAUUUAUUUUAUAUGUGGGAAGAAUUUUUAGAGGAAUAAGUGCCAUAUUCCAUUCUUUGUAUAAUUCAUAAAUCAAUGAGGGUGGAAAAUUAAUGUACUUAUAAUAAUUACUAAACAUUUGAAAUGUAUAUUUUUGAACUAAAUAAAGGUUUUAAUAAAAUGU